CAAGGUCCCCAGGGCUGUUCGAUCCCAUAGUACAGGUUCUGGACCCCGAUCAGACAGUUUCCUUUGGGGCGGGAACCAGCUCCAAAGCACACAGUAGGAGUUUCAUGAAUUAGCUCGGAAACAGAGGGAAGGCACGAAAUCCAAGGUGUCGGCAUCACUUCAUGAAUGAGACAAAAUGCGGGCUGAGGGUCUCGUUAGUCUACGCCUCAGAUCUGGCGUCGGUCUCUCCAUUCUCCCCAAAGAGGCGGUUCUCUUCGGCGUAUAAACGCAGAGCCACGCCCCACUUGCUUCCGCCUCCGUGUGAUGCUUUCUGGCCUCUGAGGCCUCCGUAGUCCCACCCGCGCUACCCGCGAGGGAAACAGUUUUACAGAGCAGUUGUCUCACCCACCGGCAUGAAGCCACCGCAGCGGCGGCGAACGGUCCCGGCACGUUAUCUGGGUGAGGUGAGCGGCCCCACGGCCUGGAGCGCUCGCGAGAAGCGACAAUUACUAAGACUGCUGCAGGCGCGGCGGGGCCAGCCAGAGCCAGACGCCGCCGAACUGGCUCAGGAGCUUCCGGGCAGGAGCGAAAUUGAGAUCCGGGACUUCCUCCAGCAGCUCAAGGGCCGCGUGAUCCGGGAGGCCAUUCAGAGAGUGCAUCCAGGUGGUAGUCUGAAGCGCCAAAAGGCACAGAUCCCAGCCCCCAUAGAGGUAUGGAUGGAUCUGGCUGAGAAGAUAACAGGCCCGCUGGAGGGAGCCCUGACAGUGGCUUUCUCUCAGGUGCUCACCAUUGCCGCCACAGAACCCAUCAGCCUCCUGCACUCCAAACCCCCAAAGCCCACUCAGGCUCAAGGGAAGCCACUGCUCCUGAGCAGUCUGGAAGGACAAGUGGGCCCCACCACAGAGUCAUCUUCAGGGUCCCUGGCUGGCCCCUGCACUGAGGGAGACUUCACUGUGGACUUUGAGAAGAUCUACAGGCACCUGUCCUCAUUCUCCUGCAGUGGCCAUGGCCCUGAUCUCUCAGCAGCUGAGUCUGCUGUUGUUCUUGACCUACUCAUGUCGCUUCCUGAGGAGCUGGCCCGCCUGCCGUGCAAAGCCCUAGUAGAGCAUAUGGCAGAAACAUACCAACGCCUGACAACCCCUGAACCCAGCCCUGCUGGAGAGAGCCUGGUGCCUGGUGCUGAGGGUGACAGGACCGGGGCCAGGAGGCCAGAGGAUCCUGGCCAGGCCACUCCUCCAUCCCUUGAGCCCAGUGAACUGAGAUCACCCUGGCAAGCAGCUGGGAUCUGUCCCUUGAACCCAUUCCUGGUGCCCCUGGAGCUUCUGGGCCGAGUGACCACUCCUGCUAUAGGUGAGGGGAAGCAGCCACACCAGACAUCCCCAUCUGGCCCUCAGUCCUGCUCUGUUGGCACUAGGUUGUCCUGAAGAUCCAGUCAUGGUGGAAGGUCCCUGAGAUGGUGCUUAGCAGCAUGGGUGACCCUUUAAGAUGCUCCAUACAUCAGGAGUCUCAGAAAUGGAACCCCAGUUUCAUAGAGAUUCAGUGGGGGUAGCCAGGUGGCUGGGUUCAUAGAGAAUGGGGGCAGGGGACUCCAUCCAUAAGCAGCCCAACCUCCUGGACAGGAGGAUAGGUAGACGGACAAGUGGGACUGGCCUCCCCUGUUUCCCAAGCCCUGCUGUGCCUUGUUCUCUGCUGGGGGGACCAUGGGUGGCAAAUGUAUCAUAAACCCCUCACACAGACCCCCCUUUGUCUAGACUUUAUAGUGCCUCUUUCUUCUAUACCUCAGGGAGCUCAGACAUUGCUUGGCCCUCUUUUUUUUUUUAGUAAAAACCAGUCUAUAAAUUUUUCCAGUUACUCAAAAAUAU